AUGAGGGGAGGCAAGUUCCAGCAGAAGGUGGUGGAAGAUGGCAGCACUCGGAACUCGGAAUCGCUUUUCGAGACUCGUUCUAUCGCGGAUAUCGUUGCGAUCGAGGCGCGCACGAGGAAGGAGGUGGAGGAGAAGAAGGAGGAGCUGAGGCAGCUGGUCGGCGCGAGCUAUCGCCACCUCAUUGAAUCCGCGGAUUCGAUUCUCGACAUGCGCAGGUCGUGCGAGGCUGUGGUGCGCAAUGUGGCAGCUAUGGAGUCAGACUUCGCGUUGCUGCACAAAACAAUCUCCACAACGGCCACCACCACCCCUGCCGCUGAUGCCAAACGCAAGCGCAAGGAAGCCCUAUAUGCGCUGGGCAGCCGGGUCAAAUACCUGGUCGACACGCCAGAGAAGAUCUGGGGGUGUCUGGACGAGCGAAUGUUCCUGGAAGCUGCGCAGCGGUUCAUGCGCGCAUGGGAGGUGCACCAGCUGCUGUCGCCCUCCCUGGGCUCAAAAGGAGCAGCAGCAGGAGGAGGAGCAGGAGGAGGAGGGGGAGGGGAUGGCGCAGCAGCCGGGGGGUGGCAGGCGCAGCAGCAAGGGUUGAUGGCGUCGUUUCCGCUGCUGCGGCACCAGUGGCCGCUCGUGGAGACGUUUCGCACUCAGAUCGUUGAGAGGAGCAGGGAGUGUCUGCAUGAUGCAUCCCGCAUUCCAGCAGCAGGCGUGGGAGAGUACGCAGCAGCACUGGCAGCGGUGGCAGUGAUGGAAGAGCUCUCGUCCCACGACCUGCUCUCUCUCUUCCUCAACGCCCGUAGAGCCUGCCUGCGCUCCCAGGUAUGUGUGUGCGUGUGGCUCCUUCUCUCUCUAUGUGGAGUGAGAUUGAGGAGUGGAGAUUGA